CGUUCACGCUUUAACGAAGACAGUCGGCGAGCCUCGGCGACGCACUCGUCGCCGUUGCUGAAUUGCCAAGCUAACAGUACGAGCGGGCGAAAACGGCCGUUGAUGGCUUCGCAGGAUCGACUCCCACAACUGAGGAAGGACGUGAUCACAGGGAGGUGGGUGAUUUUCUCGCCGGCGAGAGCCAAACGGCCCUCCGAUUUCAAGUCCAAAGCUCCGGCCACGGCGUCCGACCCGGGUUACGACCAUCGCCGGCAGUGCCCCUUCUGCUCCGGCAACGAGCACAUGUGCGCCCCGCAGAUCUUCCGGGUCCCGCCCGACCCGAGCUCCGAUUGGAAGAUCCGGGUAAUCGAGAACCUCUACCCUGCGCUCGACCGGAACCUCAAAGAUGCCGACUUUGACGGCGACAUGUUGCGGGGCUUCGGGUUUCACGACGUGGUAAUCGAGACUCCAGACCAUUCGGUGCAUCUGAGCGAUUUGUCGCCGAGGGAGGUCGGCGACGUGAUUCUCGCGUACAAGAAGAGGAUCGAGCAGCUCCUGACCUUCGAUUCGAUCGAAUAUGUACAGGUUUUCAAGAACCACGGUGCGCCGGCUGGGGCAUCGCUAAGUCAUUCUCACAGCCAGAUAAUAGCUCUUCCGAUUGUACCUUCCAAUGUCUCAGCUCAGAUUGAGUGCCUGAAGGAGCAUUUCGAUCGGACGGGGAAGUGUUGUCUUUGCGAAGUCCAAUCAAAUGAACUUUUGAUUGACGAGUCGGCUCAUUUCGUUUCAUUCGUUCCAUUUGCCGCCGCAUUCCCUUUUGAGAUAUGGAUUGUGCCAAGGGAUCACUCUCCUCAUUUCCACAAACUAGAUGAUGAUAAGGCUGCUGAUCUUGGAGGCCUGCUGAAACUCAUGCUUAGGAAGAUAUCUAUUCAGUUAAAUGAUCCGCCGUUCAAUUUCAUGAUCCGGACUUCCCCGGUCCACACUUCCGGAUCCGAAAUGUGUUCCACUCACUGGUAUUUGCAAAUACUACCUCAGCUAACUAUUGUAGCGGGGUUUGAAGUCGCGACAGGUUGCCACAUAAACCCGGUUUUCCCGGAGGAAGCGGCAAAAGUUUUGAGGGAAGUCCAUGUCCAGAUUUAGUCGGGAAACGUAAAGCAUUACUAACUCAGAUUGGCCAAUGUGCUGAAGUGGGUCGAUCUUCUUUGCCAUUCAGUCUGUUUAUGUACUUGUAUAAUCGGAAUUCAAUUGGACUAUUUGGCUUAGGCCUUAGUUAAUCUUGUCCGGAAUGAUGCAUGUGUUAGAGAAUACAACAAAUCCUGUAUGGCGAUAGGAACUGGCUAGUGGCUCCAUGUUUCUCCACCGCAGGAGGAGCUGUAUGAAUAACAGAAGUGUUUGCCGUUUUUGACACCUGAACUCUGCAUUCUCCUUACAGUGUUUCAUACGCAAGGAAUGAACUGCCGAGAUAGGGAAGAAAGAGAAGUUAUCUGAUUGUUGCUUGGUAA